UGCUGACGAAGAGACAAGUGCUCUGACAGAGGGACUGCUGCUUAUGGCAAGACGCAAGACCUAAGUUUCGCCAGCUGUGCUACUAACAUUAGCCGCUCAUUUUGGAGAAGAAAAGUCGCAUGAUACAGAUAAUAAACGAAUCGUGAAGUGGUCUGAAGAAGCUUUUCCUUUUUUGUUAGCCAGCAUUAGCUCCACCGACCUGUUGUCGGUAGAUGGAGUUCGCAAACGUUUGCUUAGAUAGCUAGCGGAUUUGGAGUCGGUCGCACGGGCUUUUUUGGACUGAGACCGGCAGCUCUCCACUUUGUGGGGGGCUUGAAACGGAGUACGGAGAAAAUAAUAGCUGGCUGAUUGGAAAGCACAAGUGGAAACGUUGAACUCAAAUCCGUUUUGAAUAUCGGGAAAAGGAGGAGAAAUUGUAUGUGCUGCAGGAAACAAACUUAUAACAAACGCUGUGAAGGGUAAUUUUUUGUAGAGGAACUGGGAAUUUCAGUAGAUAAGUAAAAAUCAAAAAUUGAUUAAAGGAGAGGAUAUAGCUAGCUAUCUGGCUAGCUAGCAACAAUGGAUAUUUCAAUGUUUUUAUUAUCAUCGGUUAACACUGAUUAAGUACAGAAAUGCUCUGGUAGACAAUCUCCCCGUGAAGGCAUCAAAACAAGCAAGGAUUUGACGGAGAUAUCAGAUUUAAGCGGAUAAGUAAAAUCCUACCGUCACAAAUGUAUUAGGGAAUUCUUCGCGGGAUCAAUUGCAAAUGAAAAUGAGGUAUCACAGGAAAACGAAUUCCAUCAACUCUGCUGGACAAAAGCGUGAUGUUUUGAAUUACCCCAAUGCGGGGGUUACACUUAGCACAACAGUAUCACAACAGGGAGAGUUUAAUAACCGGGAGCACGGUGAUCUGCGCUCAACAAUUGGCACUGCCACAACAGACGAAAAUAAAAGACACUUAAAAUAUGUGUGCGAGGACACCCGGUCUGCAUGCAGCGGUGAGCCACAUGUCAAUGAGUUGAGCGACUGCGCUGCAUACACGGAAAAAUAUGUCCAAACGGGUCGAUUUGAACGUGUGCACGGUAGAGGUAAAACCCUGAACACAGAUGAAGACGCUCUUCUCUCCGGCGGCCGUCACUCAUGUCCUAAGAGUAGCGGGAAAAACUCUAGUGCCAAAGUACAGCUCGACAUGGAUUGCAACGCUUCUUUUUACCAAAUAACCGGGCACGAUCUGUCCAGUAUGAAUGGCGAUGUUACGGAAAUUACCCGCCACACUCAUGGUGACAGAAAGAUUAUCCGAGAGAUUACAAGCAACAACCGUGUGAGCCGCCACACCGGGAAUGGAAGGAGAAAGUUUGCAUUGAGUAUUUGCAGCUGGUGGGCGUUCUUUCUUCUCAAUACCCACGUGUUGAAAGCUCUGGCUCAAGAUGACGUGGCUCCAUAUUUCAAGACGGAGCCGGGUCCUCCGCAGAUCCACUUGGAGGGAAACCGCCUGGUCAUGACCUGCCUGGCCGAGGGAAGCUGGCCCCUGGAGUUCAAGUGGAUGCUCAACAACACAGACAUCACCUCCUUCUCUCCGCAGUACAAGUACACCAUCCCAUCCCUGCAGCGCUCCGAUGCUGGGUUUUACCAGUGUGUGGUGAGGAACAGGAUGGGGGCACUGAUGCAGAGGAAGGCAGAAGUGCAAGUAGCAUACAUGGGGAACUUUGUGGAGCAGGAACAGAGGAAGACGGUGUCACAGGGCAAAGCGGCCAUCCUCAACUCCCCCGCCGUCAGCAGCUUCCCGCGGCCGCAGGUGACAUGGUUCAGAGACGGCUACAAGAUCAUCCCCAGCAACAGAAUAGCAAUAACCUUGGACAAUCAGCUUGUGGUACUGUCGACAGCCGCAGCCGAUGCAGGACGGUACUAUGUCCAGGCAGUUAAUGAAAAGAAUGGGGAAAACAAGACAAGCCCAUCCAUUUACCUGAGUAUAGCAAUAAGCAAGAAGAAUCGAGGACCUCUUGAUUCGGACGCCCCUGCAGACCCCAUGGCUCCGGUGAUUGUGGUCCCACCCAAGAACACCACAGUGGUGGUGGGGGUUAACGAGGCCAUGCUGGAGUGUGUGGCCAAUGCAAGGCCCGUGGAGAAGCUGAGCAUUUCCUGGAAGCGGAACGGAACGAAGCUCACGAGCGGAGUGGACAUGUUCGGGCGGAGGCUGACCAUCUUCAACCCCACCACGGCAGACGCGGGGCCGUACGUGUGCGAGGCCGCCCUGCUGGACAGCAGUGUGAAAGUGGCGGAGUCUAGGGCUUUCCUCUCUGUCACAGAGGUGCCCUUCUUUACAGCAGAGCCCAAGAGGAAGACUGUGGGAGAGGUGGAGAAAACGGUGGACAUCCAGUGUCAAGCAAUGGGUACCCCCAUGCCCAAACUAGAAUGGUACAAAGAUUCUGUGCCUCUCAGUAAGCUAAAUAACCCUCGUUACAAGGUGAUGUCCAGCAUGGGCUUGCAGGUCCGAAAGGUGCACCCCAACGACGCUGGAAUCUUCCAGUGCUUUGCUAGAAACUCGGCCGGCGAAAUCCAGGCUCACACUAACCUUGUUGUCACAAGUGUGCCCCCUGCUUUCACAAAGGCUCCCUCUGACAUCACAGCAACUGAUGGGACAGUGGCCGUCUUCACCUGCGAGACCUCUGGAGCCCCAAAACCUGCCGUCACCUGGAAAAGAGGCCCUCAGAUUUUGGCUAGUGGUUCGGUCCAAAUCCCACGCUUCACUCUCCUGGAGUCGGGGGGUCUGCAGGUGAACCCCAUCUUUCUCCAGGACACUGGGAACUACACCUGUUACGCCUCCAACUCAGAGGGAGUUAUCAAUGCCAGCGCCUCCCUUACCGUCUGGAGUCGCACCUCCAUCUCCCACCCCCCAGAGGACCAGCGUGUCAUUAAAGGAACGACAGCCGUGCUGGACUGUGGGGCCACCUAUGACCCCAGAGUAUCCGUCAGGUUUGUGUGGAAGAAAGACGGCAGUGUGGUCAGCCAGACCAGCGGGGGGCGCAUCAGCAUAAGGGAGGGCUCCCUACACAUCAGCCAGACCUGGUCGGGGGACAUCGGGGACUACACGUGCCAGGUCCUCUCUCAGGCCGGCAACGACUCCAAGUCAGCUCGCCUGGAGGUCAUUGAACUGCCCCAUUCUCCUCGGAACCUGCAGGCCAGCCUGAACGCCACAGACAGCCGGACAGUGGACCUGACCUGGGUCCGGCCGUUCGAUGGUAACAGCCCCCUCCUGCACUACAUCCUGGAGCUCUCGGAAAACAACUCCCCUUGGAAAGUCUACUUACCCAAAGUGGACCCUGCCUUGACGGGGAUGGUGGUCAGGGGACUGACACCAGCACGCACAUACCAAUUCAGAGUGUGCGCUGUCAACCAGGUGGGAAAGGGGCAGUACAGCACAGAGACAAAUAGGUUAAUGCUGCGAGAGGAGGCUCCAAGCGCUCCUCCCAAGAACAUUGUGGCCAGCGGCCGGACCAACCAGUCCAUCAUGGUGCAGUGGCAGCCUCCGCCAGAACCCGAGCUCAACGGCGUGCUCAGGGGCUAUGUGCUCAGGUAUCGCCUCGCCGGCCUCCCUGGAGAAUACCAGCAGAAGAACAUCACCAGCCCUGAGAUUAACUACUGUCUGAUUAGGGAUCUGAUCAUCUGGACACAGUAUGAAAUCCAGGUGGCGGCCUACACUGGAGCCGGCCUGGGGGCAUUCAGCCAGCCGGUGACAGAGUACACGCUGCAGGGAGUGCCUACAGCACCCCCUCAGGAUGUGGAAGCCAAAGCAAUGAACUCCACCACAAUCAAAUUCACAUGGAAUCCACCUCCACAGCAGUUCAUUAAUGGCAUCAAUCAAGGGUAUAAGCUCUUGGCGUGGCCGGAGCAUUCGCCUGGCAGCAUCACGGUGGUGACGAUCACUCCUGACUUCCACGGCGCCCGGCACCUGGGUUACGUCAGCGGGCUGAGGAAGUUCACCUGGUACCUGACGUCAGUUCUGUGCUUCACCACGCCGGGAGACGGGCCGAGCAGCCUGCCUCAGCUGGUGCAGACCCACGAGGACGUACCAGGCCCGGUGGGUCACCUGAGCUUCACUGAGAUCUUGGACACCUCCCUGCGGGUCAGCUGGCAGGAGCCUGUCGACAAGAAUGGCAUCAUCACAGGCUACCUGGUGUCCUGGGAGGCGCAGGGGCAGAACUCGUCCCAGGUGUCACGCACGCUGCCCAACACCACCCUGGAGUACAAGGUGACCGGCCUCACUUCGCUCACCACCUACACCCUGGAAGUGGCCGCCAUCACAGAAGCGGGGAUAGGGACCCCCACCUCCUCCACCAUCUCCUCUGGGGUUCCUCCAGAACUUCCCGGACCUCCAUCAAACCUUGUUAUCUCCAACAUAAGCCCCCGUUCUGCCACACUGAAGUUCCGUGCAGGGGAUGAUGGGAAAACAUCUAUCUCCAAAUGGAUUGUUGAGGGCCAGGUGGGAAGUAUCGGCGAGGAAGAAGAGUGGAGGGUGCUGUACGAGAAAGAGAACGAGCCCGACGCCCAAGUGCUGGAGAUCCCAAACCUUACUCCCUUCACCCACUACAGGUUCCGGAUGCGGCAGGUGAACAUCGUGGGCCCGAGCCCCGUGAGCCAGCCGUCCCGCGUCAUCCAGACUCUGCAGGCGCCCCCGGACGUGGCCCCCAGCAGCGUCAGCGUGCGCACGGCCAGCGAGACCAGCCUCUGGCUCCGAUGGGUGCCCUUACCGGAAACUGAGUACAAUGGCAACCCUGAGACAGUGGGCUACAGGAUCAGGCUGUGGCGGGCCGACCUGCAGGGAGAGGCGCAGACCCGGGUGGUGAGCGACCGGCUGGAGCGCGAGGUCACACUGGAGAGCUUGGAGGAGUGGACGGAGUACCAGCUGCAGAUCCAGGCCUUCAACUCCAUUGGCCCUGGGCCCUGGAGUGAGACCGUGAAGGGCCGCACCCGGGAGUCAGUGCCAUCUGGGUCUCCCGAGAACGUGACGGCGGAGGCGGUGAGCUCCACUCGCAUCCUGGUCACCUGGGGGCCGGUGCCCGAGCACGAGAAGAACGGCUACAUCCUGGGAUACAAGGUGCUUUACAAAGAGAAGGAUUCUGAUGCCGAGCCUCAGGUGCACGUGGUGAAGGGGAACCUCACGCAGUCCGUGCUGCUGAGGAACCUCCGCAAGUACGUCCUCUACCAGAUCCAGGUCCUGGCCUUCACGCGCAUUGGAGACGGCGAGCCCAGCAGCCCGCCUGUGCUGGAGAGGUCCAAGGAUGACGUGCCCGGCCCUCCUAUGAGACUGGUUUUUCCAGAGGUGCGUCUGACGUCAGUGAGAGUGGUGUGGCAGCCUCCGGCCGACCCCAACGGCAUCAUCAUGGGCUAUCAGAUCGCAUACCGCCUGGAUGCCAGUGACCCCAACAAGUUCACCACAGUGGAGGUGGGCUCAAACGCCCGCCAGUUCACAGUGACUGGGCUGACUCCAGAGUCAGCAUACAUCUUUCGGAUCUCCGCCAGGACACAGCAGGGCUGGGGACUACCUGAAGAAGCUGUGGUCAUCACAACAGAGAGACGAGACCGGCCGCAGCCCCCGAAGAAGCUGAGCGUCCCGCAGAGGGAGGUGCAGUCGCGCUCUCUGCUGCUGCGCUGGGUGCCGGGCGGGGACGGCGCCUCCCCCGUGCGCUACUUCACCCUGCAGAUACGCCAGCUGCCCGACGGGGACUGGCAGGUCCACUCCUCCACCAUCAGCCACAACAGCACCUCCUGGGAGGUGGACCGGCUGAAGCCCUUCACCUCGUACAAGCUGAGAAUGAUGGCGACUAAUGAUAUUGGAGACAGCGCCUACAGCAAAGAGACGGACGCAAUUACGACUUUACAGGAUGUUCCUGAUGAACCACCUGUUAUUUUGGCCGUAAAGCCGUCCACAACGACCUCUGUCCUUGUUCAGUGGCAGCCACCCAAGGAGGAAAGUUUGAAUGGGGUUCUGGUGGGAUUCCGCCUGUACUACCGCGAGCUGCAGUAUGAGAACGCUCCAACCGAGUCGAAGGCAGUGUCCAACCACUCAGCCACGCGUGCCGAAAUCACAGCCAAAAGCACUUUCAAGACUGUGAGCAGUGCUUUGUUAACAGAAUUCGAGUUAACGCAGCUGAACAAGUACAAACGCUAUGAGAUUGUGAUGACAGCCUACAACAUCAUUGGGGAGAGUCCGCCCAGUGCACCUGUGGAGGUCUUUGUCGGAGAAGCAGCUCCCUCAGUGGCUCCUCAGAACAUCCAGGUGAACGCCCUGUCUUCCACACAGCUGGAGGUACUAUGGGAACCCCCUCCUGUGGAAACUCAAAACGGCAACAUCCAGGGCUACAAGAUCCAUUACUGGGAGAAGGACAAUCAGAACGAGACAGAGAAGGUGAAGAUCUUGUUCGUCCCAGAGACGACAGUGAGGCUGAAGAAUCUGACCAGUUACACCACGUACCUGGUGAAGCUGUCAGCCUUCAACGCUGCAGGGGACGGCCCUCUCAGCGAACCCAGGAGGGGGCGCACUCUUCAGGCUGCUCCCAGUGUCCCCAGCUUUAUCACUUUCUCUGAGGUUACCACUACCACACUCAAUGUGUCCUGGGGGGUUCCGCUGUCUCCCAACGGUGUGGUGGAGGGGUACAGGGUGGUGUAUGAGCCUUCUGCCCCCAUACAUGGUGUGAGCAAGGUGGUGACCGUGGACAUCAAGGGCAACUGGCAGCGCUGGCUGAAGGUGCGAGACCUGACCAAAGGCGUGACCUACUGCUUCCGGGUACAAGCCAAGACCGUCAGCUUCGGGCCCGAGCUGGAGGCCAACAUCACGGCGGGACCUGUGGAAGGGUCUCCUGGUGCCCCCAUCCAGACGUCAAUCACAAAGUCUUCCUCAGCCCUGACCAUUCAUUGGUCGGCGGGAGAUACAGGGGCGGGGCCUGUCAAAGCUUAUGUCAUUGAAGCACGUCCUUCAGACGAGGGCUUGUGGGAUACCUUCGUCAAGCACUUGUCCCCCAGCAGCACGUCUCACUCAGUCAGUCUGGACCGCCUCAGGCAGGGGGUGAGCUACGAGUUCCGGGUGAUCGCCGUCAAUCAGUUUGGCUAUGGUGAGCCCAGCGUGCCCUCUGCUGCCAUGUCAGCCCAGUCAGAGACGCCCUUCUACGAGGAGUGGUGGUUCCUCAUCGUCAUGGCACUGUGCGGGCUGAUCCUCAUCCUGGUGGUGAUCUUCGGGCUGGUGCUACACGGCCAGAGCAAGAAGUACAAGAGCUGCGGAACCGGAAAGCAUAUUUCAACUGUGGAGGAGUCUGUCACACUGGACAAUGGAGGCUUCACUGCCCUGGAGCUCAACAGCAGGCACCUCAAUGUCAAGAGCUCCUUCCUGAAGAAGAAUGGGACCAGGUCUCCUCCUCGACCCAGCCCUGGCGGGCUGCACUACUCCGAUGAGGACAUAUGCAACAACUACAACGGCGCCGUCCUGACAGAGAGCACCACUCUCACAGAGAAACCUACAGAGAUCUCCGAAUCAGAGGCCACGGACAGCGACUACGAGGACGAGCAGCCCAAGCACUCCUUCGUGAACCACUACAUGAGCGAUCCCACCUAUUACAACUCAUGGAAGCGGCAGCAGAAGGGGCUGAAGCAGACCCCGGCCUACUCCUACGAGGAGUGCGCCGGCGGGGACGGCGAGGCCUACUAUCAGACAGUGGUGACCCAGCACAGCGUCGGGGGGGUGUACACACCGGCCGGCCAGCCCGCCCCCAGCUCACGGACCCCUGUCACAGGCUUCUCCUCCUUUGUGUGACAUACGGUGCCACACCGGUGGGCAGGGGAGGGGCCAAGUGAGCCGGUGGGACGCAGGGAGUGAGGUGAAUUGUCGGUAUUUAGUCAUCAGCUUCAAAAAGAAAAAAAAAAAACGGUAUUACUGGCAGAAGAGGAAAUGCAGCCACCUCUUUAAGCUUUAAGCCUCUCUAGUGCCCUUGGUCCCCAGGUGUAUGUGUGAAUUAUCUACACUUUGUGAUUAUUUAGUUUAUACAUGCAUAUCUGAGAGAGAGGGAGGGAGGGAGAGAGUGAGAGAGAGAGAGAGAGCUUGUGACAGUGCCAGUUUGUCUGUGUCAAAAUGAAGGAAUGACUUUCCCUUUGUUUCCUUGCAAAAAUAGAUGGAAAAUUCCUUUCCAGAAAUGCUGAUAUUCUCUCUGGAGAGAAUCUCUGCAUUUAGAUUUUGUGUAUUCAUUGUGCACGGCUUUGACUUUGAAGAGCAAAUAGGAGUUCAAGGACUGGGCUCAAAGCAAGGGUACAUAGAGGUGCUCCCACCCUGAUAAGUCUGAUCCUCUUCAAAACAGACCCAGCAGAUGAAAAGAGCCUCUCUCUCAGAAGGAAUACAAACAUUUCUUCAGCCUGCCACUUUAAAGGGGAAAUAAUAGUCUUGUUUGUUACCAGGGUUUUUAAUUAAAAAAAGAUUGCCCUUAAAAAUGAAAUGAAUUAAGACUUUUGUAAUUAGAGGACUUUUAAUCACACUAAUCAUAUUACCCGCAAUUCACUUCAAAAGUUGAAUGCCCCAAGAUGUUGCACUUGAGAGUUUAGAGGACACAACAGUGACUGCGAAACUUCUGACAGACUGCGUAGCAAGGAGCCGAAAUGCAUUCACAAGGAAACGUUGACAUGAACACUCUCUCUUUCUGCAGUGCGGACCUCUACUGCAAUAUCAGAGUGACUCAUCUAAUUGUGAAACCACCAUACGUCAUGGGUGGUGAAAACAAAAGUAAACUCUGUCCUCUUUCCAGUUUAACCUUCUGUGUGACAUUUUGAAGCUGAAGGACAGUUGUACAGUACACCAUUUUUGACAUUGUGAGCUGAUCUGCUGUCCAGGCACCAUCAGUCUUGACUCGAGUCCUGUGUGUUCAGUCUGGGAAUUGCUGAUGAGAAGAGUAACACUCACUUGAAGCUUUUCAUGUUUUGUUUUAUUUUGUUUAGUUCUGAGAAGUAUGAAUGUAAUGACAAGGAAUUCUUUUGGGUUUGAAAUGAGAUAAAAUAAACUGCCUUUGCACACA